AUGAGUCGGUCCCACUUUUGGUCACUCCACAAGCCAAAUGACGUAAAAUCAGCGGAAGACCACACAAAAUAUUCUACUCCAGAAGUUCUGAACGGCCGUCCCACGAAGUCAUCCGACAUUUUCAGUCUUGGAAUGACAAUCCGAGGCUACGACUGAUCUCGAUGUUCUAUCAAAUGGAUAUUCGUGGCAUCAAAUCAGAAAUGGAGAUUCCUGAUAGAUUCUUUACACCGAUGUCUACAGAUCUUCGCAGUUUGCUUCCCUGAUGCUUGACUCUGAUCCGAAAGUUCGCCCAACAAGCUGAGAUUUACUGGAUCAUCCAGUGAUCAAGAAGAAGCUAAUGAAGCAUGGAACUUAUGCAAAAUGCAAUUUAAUUCUUUAUGGAUUUUUCUACGCAUUCUAUGCUGUUCUUGUCUGGGUCAAGGCUCGGUGCUGCUAUCAACGUGCUACUGACGACUGGAUAAUUGGAAUAACGGAAUAUCUUGAAUUAAAAUGGAUCGAUAAAAUCGCUUACUGGAGGAAGACAAAAGGAAGAAAAGCGGAAACGAGUCAAUUGCCGAUGACACCAGAGGACGAUUCAUCGAAAUCAUCAAAAGAUGAAAUAAAUUAUUUUGUUUUUUUUUUCGAUUUAAAAUAAAUGAUAAUACUAUAAUA